CAAGUGUGCCAGUUCUUUUUUUUUUUUUUUCGUUUUGUUCGUGAGGAGCGGAUCAGUUGUUUUCUAGGGAUGGUUUCGAAUUCCGUCGACAGCGGUUUCAAGGUGAUCGAGGACGAUCCCUACUUGAGGCCCUACGCCGACUCGAUUAGGGAGAGGUUUGGCAGGUACAAGGAGGUGAAGGCGGCGAUCGAGGAGUCGGAGAAGUGCACGCUGGUCGAGUUUGCGGGGGCGUACAAGGUGAUGGGGCUGCAUCGGACGGAGGGUGGGGUGAGGUACAGGGAGUGGGCGCCGAACGCGCAUCGGUUGACGUUAAUGGGCGAUUUCAAUGGGUGGGAUCCGAGGGCGAACCCGCUGGGGAGGUUGGAGUUUGGCUUUUGGGAGUUGUUUUUGCCGGACGGGGACGGCGCGCCGGCGAUAGCGCACGGUUCCAAGGUGAAGGUGUGUGUGUGGGUGAGCGAGGACGAUUACAUGGUGAGGAUUCCCGCGUGGAUUACGUACUGCGUGCAGGAGGGCGGGGGGGGGGUGUACGACGGGGUGUUUUGGGACCCUCCUGAGAAGUACGAGUUCAAGUACGAGCGUCCUGCCGUGCCCGCCGGUUUGAGGAUUUACGAGACGCAUAUAGGCAUGGCGGCGUCGGAGCCGCGCAUUGGCACCUACGCGGAGUUCAAGGACGUGGUCUUGGACUAUGUGGUUGAUUUGGGGUACAACGCGAUUCAGAUUAUGGCGAUUAUGGAGCACGCGUAUUACGCGUCGUUUGGGUACCAGGUGACGAAUUUUUUCGCGCCUUGUUCUCGAUAUGGGACGUGCGAGGAGUUCAAGGAGUUGGUGGACGAGGCGCACAGGCGCGGAUUGUUGGUGUUCCUCGACGUCGUUCACUCUCACGCGUCGAGGAACACGGAGGACGGGUUGAACAAUUUCGAUGGGAGCGGACAUCAGUACUUCCACGACGGACCUCGGGGGUUUCACUCUAUUUGGGACUCGAGGCUGUUCAACUACGGGUCUUGGGAGGUGAAGAGGUUUUUGUUGAGCAAUUUGAGGUACUGGGUGGAGGAGUAUCGAAUCGACGGGUUUCGAUUCGACGGCGUCAUGACGAUGAUUUACCAUUCGAGGGGCAUUGGGGGGACGCCGACGAGGUACGACGAGUAUUUCGGGCCCAUCGUGGAUCAAGACGCGAUGGUCUACUUGAUGCUCGCGAACGACAUGUUGCACUCACUGCACCCGAACAUCCUGACCCUCGCAGAGGAAGUCAGCGGGUUCCCGACCAUGUGCAGGCCCAUCGAGGAGGGCGGGAUCGGAUUCGACUACCGAUUCGGGAUGGGGAUCCCGGACAAGUGGAUCGAGCUCCUGAAGAAGCCAGAUGAGGAGUGGAACAUGGGCAACCUCGUCCACGCGCUGACCAACAGAAGGUGGAAGGAGAAAACGAUCGCGUACGCCGAGUGUCACGAUCAGGCCCUCGUCGGCGAUAAAACGAUCGCGUUCUGGCUGAUGGACAAGGAGAUGUACACGGAAAUGACGACCCUGAAGGAAAAGAACAUCAUCAUCGACCGCGGGAUCGCGCUCCACAAAAUGAUACGACUGAUCACGAUGAGUUUGGGCGGCGAGGGAUACUUGACUUUCAUGGGCAACGAAUUCGGACACCCCGAGUGGAUCGACUUUCCCCGCUCGGGAAACAACUGGUCCUAUCACUACGCUUUCAGACGCUGGUACCUCGCCAAGGACCACCUCCUGCGGUACCAGUACCUUCACCGGUUCGAGCGGUGCAUGAACAAACUCGAAGAUCGAUACCGCGUCUUUCAACUUAGCAGCUACGUCUCCCUGAAACACGAGUCCGACAAAGUGAUCGUGUACGAGCGGGGGAACCUUGUGUUCGUGUUCAACUUCCACCCCACUCAGAGCUACUUCUCGUACCUCGUCGGCGUCCCCUCCGACCACCCUUACCAAAUCAUCUUGGACUCCGACUGGAAGGAGUUCGACGGCCACUGCCGAAACGACCCCUCCUGCGUCUUCCAUCCCACGGCCAAGCCCCAAAACAACAGGCCGUUUUCCAUGCAGGUGUACUCCCCGUCCAGGACAGCGGUCGUGUAUUGUCCUGUCGACGAGUGCAAAUCUUCUCUUCUGGACUAGAAAAAAAAUAAUUUUUUUUUUUUUAAGGAAUUGCAAAAAUAAAUUAUUGCCGAGCGCAAUCACUUUUCCUGUGUCCUCCGAUCGCGUCUCCCGUUUUCUACGCCGACCUUCCGCGAUGCAGGACUCAGCAGUCAUCGCCGAGACGAACCGCGCGGCCGACCUGGCGAGCGCGCGCACCGGCACCUAUCUCUGCAACACCUGUCGCAGCCGCCUGUUCCAAUCCUGUCGCAAAACCGCGGAGUCCCCCAGUCUCCUGGUCUUUUCCGACCUCUCCGCUCCCGUUAGCGUCAAGCCGGAUAGCUACGCCGGCGAAUCCGCGUUCUGCAACUACUGCGGGUCGUACGCGGCGGCCGUGGUCGACUUGGACCCCGUCACCGGAGAAUACAUGCCCUCGAACGGCAGCGAAACGAGGCAUUACAUAGUUAGCCAGAAAAACACGUUCUUUGCUCCCGGGCCCGUCGAGAGCGGUGUCUGUUCGGAGCCGUCUCCCACUCCCUUUCCCAUGCCCGUCUCUCACCGCACGAUUGACCGAUCGUUCGAGGCCAUCGAACCAGAAUUCAAAAAAGCUGAACUCAAAAAAGCUGAACUCAAAAAAGCGGAACCCAAAAAAACUGAAGCUGCGAGCAAACCUCCCCCGAAUGCCAGCAAGAGCCUCUGCCUAGAGCCCUCUAAAAGCACCAGUUCCUCUGUCAUCAGCACGCUGGCCUCUAGUCCGGUGGCCAUUACCUGCACCGCCAUCUUGGCCAUAUGUUCCGUCACCUACAUUGGCUAUUCGCUCCUAAAAAAAAGACCGGGACAAAAAAUGUGAACAUAUAUAUAUAUAUAUAAUAGACUGCGUGAACUUUUUUUUUUUUUUUUGAGAUCUAGUCCAAGAUGU